AUGCUUCGGGAUAUCGGAAAGUCCCGUUGUGCUACGCGAGACUGCACGAGACGAAACAUGGCUGCGCCCAUGAAGUUCGCCCGACUCAGCUGUCAGACACAGAUUAAAAGUUUCUGUGCAUUUUCAUAUAGUAAAAAGAAUUUGAAUGGUAUCCACAAAGCCCGAUUUAUUCACAAUGACCAGAAUGGGGGUGAAUAUGAUGUGGCAGUCAUUGGUGGAGGUAUUGUUGGAAUGGCGACUGCCAGAGAGAUGAAAGUUCGACAUCCAAACUUAUCGUUCAUUGUUCUAGAGAAAGAAAAAGAAAUUUCUCAUCACCAGAGUGGACAUAACAGUGGAGUGAUCCAUGCUGGGAUCUAUUACACCCCAGGCUCCCUGAAGGCCAAGCUUUGUGUCCAGGGGGUAGAGCUCUUGUACGACUACUGUGACAAAAAUAACAUCUCCUACAACAAAUGUGGGAAGCUGAUUGUAGCUGUAGAAAAAGAAGAAAUUCCAAGGUUAGAGGGUCUUCUUGAGAGAGGAAACCAAAAUGGAGUCAAAGAUUUACGCAUGUUAGGUCCCAAAGAAAUCAAGGAAAUUGAACCAAACUGUGAAGGGUUAAAGGCAGUGCAUUCACCACACACAGGUAUCAUUGAUUACAAAGUGGUGACACAGUCAUAUGGACAGACGUUUGAGAAGCUGGGCGGUCAUGUUUAUACAGACUUUGAGGUGACAGAUUUCUCUGUCACCAAAGAGAGUGGCCAUGGUAUAGACUAUCCAGUGACCAUUAGAGGCUCUGGUGAGGGCAAGGCUUCAUCAAGGGAAGUGAAGUGUAAAUAUGUGGUGACUUGCGGUGGUUUGUUUUCUGAUCGACUCGCUGAGCUGUCAGGCUGUAACAGAGAGCCACGGAUCGUGCCAUUCAGGGGAGACUACUUGUUGUUAAAGCCGGAGAAGACCAACCUUGUCAAUGGAAAUAUUUAUCCAGUACCAAACCCACUUUUUCCUUUUUUGGGAGUCCAUUUUACGCCCAGAAUAAACGGAGACGUUUGGCUUGGCCCCAAUGCAGUAUUAGCCUUUAAGAGAGAAGGCUACAGAUUGACGGAUUUCAGUGCUACCGAUGCUAAAGAUGCUGUCUCAUUCAGAGGUCUUCGAAAACUAGCCAUGAGAAAUCUUGGAUUUGGAAUAAAAGAAAUGUACCGUGGGUUUAACAUAGCAGCUCAGGUUAAGCUUCUACAGAGAUAUGUGCCAUCCUUAAAAGUUUCAGAUGUAACAAGAGGUCCGUCUGGGGUGAGGGCCCAAGCUUUGGACCAGGAUGGCAAUCUUGUGGAUGAUUUUGUCUUUGAUGUGGGAGUUGGAGAACUAGGCUCGCGUAUAUUACAUGUCCGAAAUGCUCCAUCACCUGCAGCAACUUCCUCCCUAGCUAUUGCAAAAAUGGUAGCAGACAAAGUGGAAAAUACAUUUCAUUUAUAAUGGAAUAUUUUAAUAGUAAUAUAGGUAUUAUGUACUCUUUGUUUGUAGCAAUCUGAUAUUUGCAAUUAAGAAGAGUGUCUCAGAGAGAGAGAGAGAGAGAGAGAGAGAGAGAGAGAGAGAGAGAUCUCCAAAGCAAUCACUAUUUUUUAUAAUCCAAGUUUUAUUAUUGUAUGCAGGUACAUGUAAAUGUGUAAAACAAUGAAUGUUGAUUAGUACAUGCAUGUGAAGUUUGUACCACUGUGAUAAUUAACAUAAUUUAUGCUUGUACGCACAUGCAAAUCAUUCUUAAUGAAUAUUUUUUUAUGCGCAAUAAAUGAGAAAUGUUACUUUU